AUGGUGGAGAUGGCGUCUUCGAUGGGUGAUUUGAAGGGUUUUAGGAUUAAUGAUUUAGCUUAUUUUGAUAUCCUUCAAUUUGCCAAUGAUACUAUUUUGAUCAGGGAUGGUUCUUGGGACAACCUUUGGUGUUUUAAGGCCAUUCUUCGUGACUUUGAAUUGGCUUCCAAUCUCCGAGUGAAUUUGAACAAGAGUUUACUUUUGGGAUUUAAUUUGGAUUCAGAUUUCCUUCAAGCGGGUUCUUCUUUCCUUAAUUGUGAGAUCGGCUCCUCCUCGUUUGUUUUUCUCGGCAUUCCAGUUGGGAUCAAUCCUAGGAGGAGAGAGGUGUGGAAACCUAUUGUUUCCAAGUUAAGAAGAAGGUUAGGAGGAUGGCAAAACAUACAUUUAUCUAAUGAUGGAAGAGUGGUCCUUUUGAAUUCGAUAUUGUCUAGUAUUCUGAUUUUCAUGUUCUCUUUUUACAAGGCUCCUAAAGCAAUUAUCAAGGAGAUAAUCUUGCUUCAAAGAUCUUUUCUAUGGGGAGGUGAUGAGGUGAAGAAGAAUAUUUGUUGGAUUGGUUUGGGAUAA